UUGACUCUAGGUCGUUCAAAGUUCUAAGAAAACAGAAUUUACUAUAUACCAUUCGAUGCGGCUCGAAAAGCUCUACAACAUGAUAUAUUUGUUUCUUAUUUCUAAACCAGUUCACCCCAUCCGACAAGGUCCUUUAAAUGACGGGACACGAACUUUUGGUACGCCCUAAGUAUUCUUAAGAAAUAAGUUAAGCAGAAGAUUUGAUUUGUAAUCGAAAGCGUUUUGUAACGUUAAGAAUCUCAAAAAUAAUCAUUUGAAAUGAAACUGAUUAACUCAUACGAUAUGAUCUAAUAUCUUCUGUACUGAUCAAAAUUGAACUUCUGUAUUUGCUAAAUUGAUUAAAGGAUAUGCACUCUGAAGGUGGCAGACGAUUAGUCUUCAUUCACUUUAAUUAUAAGUUGACUGGUUUACACUCGAUAAAUGUUUCUAAUAGAACUAGGAAAAAGAUAGCGCAUACCGAUAAGCGUUCGGCCUAGAAUCCAUACUGGUACCAGACCGAUCUAGACUGACCAAUAGAGAUUGUCGGACCCAAAAUUAUUGAACUCGGACAUGAUUUAUAGAAAUUUUUCGGAUACAAAUCCGUAUCAGUCGUAUCUUCAAUAAACUUUUCUUAUUGGAAUUUGAAAGUAGCUUCGAAGAUGCAGGAUAUUAUUCCUCUAUUAUUUGUAUUCGACGAUUAACAUCCCUCAGAUUGUCUAUGUCAGAGCCUAUCGAUUCAAUCUUUUAGACAUGGAUCCUACUCGACAAUCUCUAUCGGUCGACCACUGGCGUCAGUUCCAUUUAUAAUAUAAAAUAUCACAGUAGAUUUUCUCCUUCAUUUGAAAAUAUUGAUUAUUAUUGUUAUUGAGUUCUUUUUGUUCAUUAUCAAUCAAAAAUUUAUUGUUUCUUUUUUUUUUUUAUAGACAUUUAUUACUAUCAUAUCUCAGUAAAAUUUAUUCACAUGAUCCAUCUGCUUGAUUACUUAAUCUUGAUUCAAGUACCUUGACAUCGAAUAAUCCAUUAGUAGUUCUUUAUGUUGAUCAUCCAUCAACAGAAUUAGUUGAUCAAAUUAUACAAGGUUCACAUCGAUUAACUGCUGCACAAGUACCAGAAUUUGUUGAACUUGCUGCUACAAUUCUUAAAAACUACAAAGCUCAAGAAGAUAAUAAUCAAGAUGCUGAUGCUGUAUGCACAUUAGCUUCAUAUGUGCAAUUACCUUUAUAUGAUGAUAAAGUACAGCGUUUAGUCACUAGUGAUGUAGCAUCAUUAGAAGUUCAAUAUCAUGGAUUAAAUGUAAUUCGUCAUAUAUGUGAAGAUAAUAUUGAUAAACAUGAUCAAUUAAAAAUUCGAACAGAUCUUCAAACAGUUUUAUUAUAA